AUGUCCCGCCAGUGCACCGUGAGGAGUCAGGCCAGAAGGAACUUCAGUGCUGCUUCUGCCUUCUUCCCAAAUGCCAGCAGCUCCAGCCUCUGCCUGCGCCCUGCAGCACAAGCUGGCAGCUGCGGGGCCACCACUGGUUAUGGAAGGUUCACUGGAGGGUUUGGAAGCAGGAGCCUCUACAGCCUUGGCGAAUGCCAGAGGAUCUCCGGAGCUGGAAGAGGUGGUGUCUCCUACGGACCUGCAGGUUUUGGUGCUGGAAAUGGGAUCUCCUAUGGGUUUGGUGGGGCAGGUGCUGGAGGCACAGCUGGAGGAGCAGGGCUUGGAUGUGGCCCUGGAGGGAUACAAAAGGUCAUGGUCAACCAGUGCCUCUUGGUGCCCCUGAAUCUGGAGAUUGACCUCAACGUGCAGCAGGUGCAGCAGGAGGACAAGGACCAAAUGAAAUCCUUCAACAACUAAUUUGCCUCCUUCAUCAACAAGGUACAGUUCCUGGAGCAACAAAACCAAGUUCUGGAGACCAAAUGGAGCCUCUUGAAAGGUCAGAAAAUUGUGCAGAAUAACCUGGAGCCCAUGUUUGAGCUGUACAUCAGCAACACGAGGUGGCAGCUGGAGGCUCUAGGACAGGAGAGGCUGCAGCUCAGCUCUGAGCUCAAGGCCAUGCAGGAUGUGGUGGAGGACUUCCAGGUCAGGUACCAGGAGGAGAUCAACAAGUGCACAACAGCAGAGAACAACUUUGUCGUGUUCAAGAAACGAGUAGCAUCUCUCACAUCAGCGCUGCAGCUCCUCCCCAGCACUCUUCUACAAAAUAACAACGAAACAUUUGGAACAGAAAAUGAGUUUGACUUACAGCAGCUGUGCCAGAUGCAGACCCAGAUCUCUGACACCUCGUUGGUGCUGUCCAUGGACAACAGCCAAAACCUGGACAGCAUCAUCGCCGAGGUCAAGGCACACUAUGAGGACAUCACCAACUGGAGCCGUGCCGAGGCCAAGUCCUGGUACCAGUGCAAGGAGGAGCUGCAGCUCUUGGCUGGCUGGCACAGGGAUGUCCAGAACACCAGGGUGGGGAUCUCAGAGAUGAACCACCUGGUCCAGCAGCUCCACUCAGACAUGGACAGCGUGGCCAAGCUGCAGACGGCCAUCACUGACAUGGAGCAGCAUGGGGACAUCACCCUCAAGGACAUCAGGGCCAGGCUGGAGAAACUGGAGACCGGUCUGCACAAAGCCAAGGCUGACCUGGCCCGGCAGCUCCGGGAAUACCAGGUGCUCAUGAACAUCAAGCUGGCCCUGGACAUCGAGAUCGCGACUUACAGGAAGCUGCUGGAGGGUGAGGAGAGCAGGCUGUCUGGAGGUGUUGGUGCCAUGAAUAUUUGUAAGUAA